AUGGACCCAGCUCUGGCCGCGCAGAUAAGUGAGACGGUGGCUGAGAAGUUGCUACUCUACAGGCGAGACACGACAGGCUGGAAGAUUUGCCGGGAAGACAAUGGAGUUUCAGUUUCCUGGAGGCCAUCUGUGGAGUUUCCAGGGAACCUGUACCGAGGAGAAGGCAUUGUGUGUGGGUCCCCAGAGAAGGUGUGGGACUGCGUGAAGCCAGUUACUGGGGGCCUACGAGAGAAAUGGGAUGAGAAUGUGAGCCAUUUUGAAAUUAUCGAAAACAUCACUGAUACACUGUGCGUAAGCAGAACCUCCACCCCCUCAGCCGUCAUGAAGAUCAUUUCGCCCCGAGAUUUUGUGGACUUGGUGCUCGUCAGAAAAUAUGAGGAUGGGACCAUCAGUGCCAAUGCUACCAAUGUUGAACAUCCAUUAUGUCCUCCAAAGCCAGGUUAUGUGAGAGGAUUUAACUAUCCUUGUGGCUCCUUCUGUGAACCUGUGCCAGGGGAGCCUAACAAGACCCACAUGGUCACAUUCUUCCACACCGACCUGAGUGGUUACCUCCCACAGACCGUGGUGGACUCCUUCUUCCCCCGCAGCAUGGCUAGGUUUUAUGUCAACCUUCAGAAAGCAGUGGAGAAAUUCUAA